AUGGGGUUCCUCUUUUCCAGAAGGAAGAAACUCGAUAAGUCUAUCCCACAGAAUGUUCAUAAAAAUUCAUUAUCGUUUAUUGAAAAUGCGGAUGGCCCUCCUCAAUCAACAGAAUUUAAAAUCAAGGCUAAAGGUGAAGGAUCCUGUAGGAAACGCAGUAUCUCGUGUUUAUGUUGUGGGUCCAAAGCGAGUAUCAAUGAUGAUUGGAAGAAAUUUAGAUGUUUAAUUUGUUGUACGACAAAUUAUUUGAGUAAUGAAAAACCCUUGAUCUUGGAAUCAUUAAUGAUACGAUCUUCUCAAUCUCAAUGUUGUUCAUUACAACAAUUGAAGAUCCUGAUUAAACAAUGUUAUAAGACAGGUCUGAAAACAAGCACUAACGCUGAAAAUAUUACUGAGGAUGCAUUAGUCCCGGAUUUUGAACCUAUCACCGCAUAUCUCUUAAGAAGUUUCCAUGAUAUAAAUAUUUUAGAAAUGUCUUUUCUAAAUUUAAAUAGUCCCAUAGUUAUUAAUAUUGACGAACUAAAGGAAUUUUACUCCUUAAUAAUGCACCUACCUACAAGAAGGCCAUUUUACAAGAUGCUUUGUGCAUGUAAUGAUCUUUUGAAAAGACCAACGGUGAAUAUAAAGCGGUAUCGAUGGAUAUUCAUUAUUUGGGAAAUUCCAGCCAUUCGAAAUUGUUUAACUUUUAAAAAUGAUUCGCUUGGAUAUGAUACAUUUCGUAUUAAGUCUGUAGCAUAUGAAUUAGUUAAACGUUGUAUUGGCUAUUUGUCUCAUAUUUUAAAUCACACAGAUAGUAAUAAUUAUCAAAUUUUUCUUACGUAUUUAAGAUACUUGCCAAAGGAAUUGUUUUUAAAUCAUAUAGAGACUAUUAAUUUAUAUUUAACGUAUCAAUUAACUAAGAUAUAUUCAAAGGAAGUUACAUUCAAUAAGAAAACUAAAAAUGACUUCACAAAUUCUACUAAUACCAAUAAUAAUGAUAAUAAUAAUAAUAACUCCAUGAUAGGGUUGCUGCCACUUUCACAACCAGAUAAUCCAACAGUUAUCCAUACAAAUGAUAGACCCUUUGCUGACACAACUGAACAAGAAAAUACUUCAAAUGCAUUAGAUGAUAAAUUAUUAAAUAUAUAUGGCAGGAAGAAAAAUGAUCAAAAAUAUCCAAUGAUAAAAACUUUUAAAUAUCAAAAUAAUUGGCAUCUUGAAACAGCAGCUAACUUGAUGAAACUUUACUAUCUUGUAAACUAUAAGAGGGUAUCUAUAAACAGCAAACAGAUAUAUGGAAAUACCAAAUUAAACAUUAAUUCUUUCUAUAAUAUAAUGUUGGAUUUUAUAGAUUAUAAAGACGAUUUUAAUAAUUGGGAAGGUUUGGAAGUUAAGAAAAAACUUGACGAUAUCAUUCUAAUAGAAGAAGAACAACAAAAGCAAAGAAGAAAAUUUACUUUUUGUAAGUAUUCAUUUUUACUAUCAUUGGGUGUCAAAAUAUCUAUCAUGGAAUAUGAGACAAGAAAAAUUAUGGAAUAUCAUGCUGAAAUGGCAUUUUUGGAUUCACUUGAUAAAGGUAAGAAUAUCUCUGUAUAUUUUAAAAUACGAGUUCGAAGAAACCAUAUUGUACAAGAUUCUUUAAAUGUAAUAAAGGGACAUCAAGGUGAUUUUUUAAAGGCAUUAAGAAUAGAAUUUAUAAAUGAAAAGGGUGUUGACGCGGGGGGCCUUCGAAAGGAAUGGUUUAUGUUAUUGACUAAGAAAUUCUUCCAUAAAAAUUCAACUUUAUUUGGAACUGUAUCUGAGAGUAGGUACACUUGGUUCAUAGUUUAUUCUCCCAAUUCAAAAUCCAUACAAAAUAAGAAUUUACUUCAUUCUUAUUUUUUGUUUGGAGUCGUGGUUGGACUGGCAAUAUUCAAUGGUGUUAUUCUAGAUUUAAAAUUUCCUAGAUUAUUUUACAAAAAAAUGUGCAAUGAACAAGUUACUUUUGCAGACUAUUUAGAGUUAUAUCCUGAAACAGGUAAAAAUUUGCAAAAAUUGUUGGAUUAUGAUAGAGAGGAUUUUGCUGAUGUGUUUUCCUUAACUUUUGAAACAACCAUUGGGGAUAAAAAUCAGUUUUGUUCCAUUGAAUUGUGUAGUGGUGGAUCGAACCGAAUUGUCACUUUAAAGAAUAAACAUGAGUAUGUUCAUUUAUGGAUGGACUAUUAUUUAAAUGUGAAUGUUAACAAACAAUUCAUUCAAUUUAUGAGGGGAUUUAAUAAAGUGUUUGAUGGAUGUAAUUCUAUAAAACUAUUUAAUUCAGAAGAACUUGAAAGGUUGUUAUGUGGAGAUAUUCAAGAUAAAGCAUAUGAUUUUGAUGUGUUAAGGACCGUCACAAAAUACAAAGAUGGAUAUACGAAUAAAACACCGGUAAUAGAGUGGUUUUGGGAGAUCAUAUCAGGUUGGGGGAUUGAAUUGCAAAGUAAGCUAUUACAAUUUGUAACAGGGUCAGAUAGGGUUCCUGCUACAGGUAUUAAUACUCUUUCCUUUAGAAUUAGUAAAUUAAAUGAAAAUAAUGAUAUAUCGUUGCCAGUUGCCCAUACAUGUUUUAAUGAACUUUCACUUCCAGAAUACAGCAAUAAAAAAACAUUAGAAAAUAAAAUUGUAAUGGCAAUUACAGAAUGUCAAGGUUUUGAAUUUCGUUAA